GUUUAUGUUCAAAUCUGCUACUAAUGAAUUUCCCAAAGAUCCAAAACAUAUGCUUAUUUACCAAUCAGUUAACAAAUUGAAAACUUUCCGUAUUCUUGGUAUAUUUUGUGCAUCACAAGGUGUUAUGUGGAGUUGUUUAACCUAUGAUCAUAAAUUGUUUGAACCACUCGAAGAUAAAAUGAAUAACAAACUGAAGUCAAUCAUCUCUCUUCCAGAAAAUUCUUGGUACACGAAUCUGAAAAAAAAUGUACGCGAAAAGUUGUAUACGCAACAAACAUAUCCAUAUUUAACAGCAUUUGCUGCUAUUUCUAUGUUUAGUGCGGGAUUUUUGGUUCCACGUCGUAUAGUCCAUUCUAUAUCAUUAAUAACUACUAAAACUAACAAUGCAUCAAAAUUUGAGAAAUAUCUUGAAAUCAAUACAUAUGGAGCUUUCGGUAUCAGAAAUAAUGGUAGAACAUUUAGAAAAUCUUUGGAAAGAAUAGAAUUACAUGGUAAAUUAUAUGAUUUUGAUUCAUCCCACCUGACCUUAUGUAUUAAAAAUCUUCCCAUCAGAUUUAUAAUAAAUAUUAGUGAAGCAGAAUACUUAGACGAAAAUGAAUUGCAUUGCUUAAUAUACGAAACAACACAAAAAAAGAGAUGACGAUUCAACUCUAUCCAUUGAAUUGCAUAAAUUCCAUGUUUGUAUAGCCUAGUAAAAUAUUGAUGAUAAGAAUUAUGUACAAUUAUGUAUCUUUUCAUUUGGAUAGGAUUAUAUUGUCAUUGUAUCCAUUGAUAUAUUAUGUACUGUUUUCGAAAUAUAGAAUUGAGUUCCAUCUAA